AGUUCCUUCUGCGCUUUGUUCAAGAUGUGGGUCUGGCGCUUUCGUGACUCAAGACCCUCUUAGGAACUUCUUCACUGAACUCAAGGAGGCGAUCAGGCAAGAUCUAUGCUGGGCAGAUCCUUUGGAUUGAGGCUGCUGUGCACAGGAAUACGGAUGGUGAAACUGGGACUGAGGCGGAGUUAAUUCCAAAGCAUCAUUCCUGAAAAGUACAUACUUUCAAGAGAAUUCCACAGAGACGUUGCCCAGGAAGUCAAAAUUUAGAAGGCUCUUCUGAAGGGAAAGAGAAGACUAGAGAGGACACUGGUAUGUUCCAAGCAGGAGAAAAUGAGGAGAAAAACAAGAAAUUUCAAACAUAAGACAGUUAAAGACAAUAAAGUACUCACAGAAGGGAGUGACCAAGAAUCUGAAAAAGACAAUAGUCAGUGCUAUGACCCUGCAACAAACAAGAGAGUUCAGGCUGAAAAGAGACAGUAUGUAUGUACUGAGUGUGGGAAAGCCUUUAGUCAGAGUGCAAACCUCACGGUACAUGAGCGAAUCCACACGGGAGAGAAACCCUAUAAGUGUAAGGAGUGUGGAAAAGCCUUCAGCCAUAGCUCUAACCUUGUUGUUCAUCGGAGAAUCCACACUGGACUGAAGCCCUAUACAUGCAGUGAAUGUGGGAAAUCUUUCAGUGGAAAGUCACAUCUUAUUCGGCACCAGGGAAUCCACAGUGGGGAGAAAACGUAUGAAUGUAAAGAGUGUGGGAAAGCCUUUAGUCGGAGUUCGGGCCUUAUAUCACAUCACAGAGUUCACACUGGAGAGAAGCCCUAUACUUGCAUUGAGUGUGGGAAAGCCUUUAGCCGUAGUUCAAACCUUACUCAACAUCGGCAAAUGCACAGAGGAAAAAAAGUUUACAAAUGUAAGGAGUGUGGGAAAACAUGUGGUUCAAAUACAAAGAUUAUGGACCAUCAGAGAAUUCACACUGGGGAGAAGCCUUAUGAAUGUGAUGAGUGUGGAAAAGCUUUCAUCUUAAGGAAAACCCUUAAUGAACACCAGAGACUUCAUCGUAGAGAGAAACCUUACAGAUGUAAUGAGUGUGGGAAGGCUUUUACUUCUAAUCGAAACCUUGUUGAUCAUCAGAGAGUUCACACUGGAGAGAAACCCUAUAAAUGUAAUGAAUGUGGGAAAACCUUCAGGCAGACGUCUCAAGUUAUUCUACACUUGAGAACCCACACUAAGGAGAAACCCUAUAAAUGUAGUGAGUGUGGGAAAGCCUAUCGGUAUAGCUCACAGCUUAUUCAACACCAGAGAAAACAUAAUGAGGAGAAAGAAACGUCAUAAGUAACAGAUAUUCUGGGUAGUAGGGCUUACUGCUGCUUUUCUAAAAAGUAGUUCUUUAGUAUCAACUUUUUAAGUCUACUUCUAAGAUUCAUACAGGGAAAAUAAUUAGAAGUAGGCAAAGAUUAAUGAAAGGGAUGUUCAUGGCAGCAUCAUCUAUGACUGAAAGAAGAAGACCAGAUUUUCAGCAUUACAGGGUUGAAAUGAAUGAUGAGCUAUCCGUGUGAUGGUUCUGCAGCCAUUAUAAACAUUUUUAAAGACAAUUUAAUGCCAUGGAGAAAUGAUUUGGAUAAGACGGAAGAUAAAACAAUGACAUACAAUCCAAAAUUUAAAACAAUAUUUAUGCAUAGGAAAAAUUGGGAAGUAAACCAAAAUGUUAACAGUGAUCAUCUCUGGGUGAUAGGAUUAUAGGUGAUUUCUAUUUUCUUCUGUAUACUUUUCUAUGCUUUCUAGAUUUUCUACAUGAGAAUAUACUAAUUUUAUAUUCAAGAAAAAAAGCACAGUAUUUUUUAAAUGCAAUGAAGACAUGCUCAUUUUCACUCAGCAGUGUUAUGAAAGGCACAUACUAUAUAGAGCCUGAACCCUGGGAUUACGCCCUGACAUUGGCAUUUAGCAGCAGUGGAACCGCGAGCAAGUCCCUUCCUUUUAGAGCAUGUUUCCUGUUCAGUAAAAUCAUAAACACCGAUCCUUUGUCUUUUUUAGUUUUAAGACAAGCUGACUUUAGAGUUGUCAACAAAAUAUAUAAUAACACUGUUAGGUUAAAAGAACACAGCAAAAAUUCACUGAACCCUCCUUUCCCACAGUUGUGGAAGGAUCUGCAGAUGAUGGAAAACAACCUAGGCUUCAUCUUUUCAAUAUAUGUCUAGACAACCAG